CGUACAGGAGGAAUAACACUGGCCUGCGAAUUUUAAGCCAAGUGAAGAUGAAAUCAAAAGGGCUGACACUUUGUUUGAUUUUCACAGCUCUUGAAAGAAUGUGUAAACAAGUCUGUGAACCUAAGAAAAUAUUACAUCGAGACUAAUUCAAGUAACUAAGAAGACUAAGAUUUCUAAUAACUUUAUGUGCACCAAACGAACGUUGAUUGAUAGAUUCUUAUAAGACUCUAACUGCUUUUUUCUACCUAUGUAUAAUUGCUGUUCAUAGAUAGUGCCAGAAACGACCAAACCAUUUCCAAGUGAAGCCUAGUAGAAUAAAACAAAACUUACAUAUUAGCCACACUAUCAACAUUAGCUACGUUUUAGUCACAUGACGUCUCGUUCACUAACAUUGCUUCUCUUUUUUAAAAACAUUAAAGCACGCCUUGUGGUUAUUUUGAAAAUGGCCCACGAAGCUGUACGAGAGGACAAAUUCAUAACAAAACGGUACACGGACAGCUAUUUCACAAUAAUUAUCUAGAUCCAUAUAUUACUCAAACCCCAUUUUAUUUAAACGACAAUCCAUUAUAGACCCACUGUUGUCAAAGAUUUGUAAGGAGCUUAGCCUCCCUCGGUGUGCUCUUAAAAUAAACGCCUCUUCCAAAUUGAUUGUUUAUGGUGAUAUUUAUCUAGGAAUUGGGUAUGAAAGCGACGUCAUUAAAAGAAAUAAUUUGGGUAUACCUGAAAGUUUGUUUAAAAGUGGAUAUGAGGUUAUUAUCUCAGGUAGAUUACUGUUCUAAGUCAUCUAUGUACCUGUCAACCGGAUAUACAGAAUGUUUGCCUCAAUUUAUUUUGAUAAUUGAAAAGGACACGAUUUUUCGGAAACUUUUAAAUGAGAAGUUCUACGAAAAAUUCAAACCUUGUUUAUUGGUUACGGCUAAAGGUUAUCCAGACUUGAUAACUCGAAAAUUUCUUGCUCAAAUAAACUGCAAACAUCCAAAUAUUCCAAUAAUUGGACUUUUUGAUGCUGAUCCUCAUGGUAUAAAUGUAUUCUGUACUUACAAGUAUGGUACUAUGAAUCCUAUGAUGCAAAAUGAAAAUGGUAAUCCAAUUAGUAUACCUAAUCUUCAACUAUGUGGAUUAUUACCAACUGAAAUAUCAUCUUUUCAAAUCAAUGAAACCGAUUUAUUGAAAUUAAAUAAAAGAGAUAAAUCUUUAUUAAAUACAAUGUUAAAACGUUCAACUAUUCAAAAUGAAUCUAUAUUAUUAAAACAAAUAAAUUAUUUAUUAUUUACAGAAAUGAAAGCUCAAUUAGAAAUUUUAAAUACAAUUCAUUCUAAUUAUUUAACUAAUGAAUAUUUACCAAAUAAAUUAAAAUUAUUAUUAGGUAUUUUACCUAAUAAAUAAAUAAAUAACCACCAUCCCCCCCCUUAAAAAAAAU